CCUUGGUCACCUGUGCCCCAACGAUGAUGAAGUGUCCGGGUUCCUACGGUUGUGUACCCGCUGCGUGGAAAUGUGACGCCGACAAGGAUUGUCCCGACGGAGCGGAUGAGAGCGUGGCCGCCGGAUGUGUUUACAAUGACACAUGUGGGCAGGGGGAGUUUAUGUGCCAGAAUCGACAAUGUAUCCCCAAACAUUUUGUGUGUGACCACGACAAUGACUGCAGUGAUGGCUCAGACGAGUCUCCAGAAUGUGAGUACCCCACGUGUGGCCCCACUGAGUUCCGUUGUGCAAACGGCCGCUGCCUCAUCAACAGCCACUGGGAGUGCGACGGGGAGUUCGAUUGCCACGACUUGUCCGAUGAAGCUCCACGAAACGCACACUGUGCCGACUCCGAGAAGAAAUGCAACGAGACGUUCUUUCUCUGCAACAACGGCGCCUGUGUGAACGAGACGUACCUCUGUGACGGCAGCAACGACUGCGGUGACGGCUCUGACGAGCUCAACUGUUUCAUCAAUGAGUGUCUGAGCGCCGAGCUCAGCGGCUGUUCGCAGGAGUGUGAGGAUCUGAAGAUAGGUUUCAAAUGCCGUUGUGGUCAGGGCUUCAGACUGAAGGAUGAUGGGCGUACGUGUGUGGACCAGGAUGAAUGUUCCACCACAUUCCCCUGCAGCCACUUCUGCUACAACUCCUACGGCAGCUUCCGCUGCGGCUGCGCUGACGGCUACUUACAGCCGCCCGGAGAUCACACCAGCUGCAAAGCCGACUCCGAUGAGGAAGGAUUUUUAAUCUUCGCCAAUCGUUACUACCUCCGGAAAGUGAAUCUCGACGGAUCAAAUUAUUCCUUGCUGAAACAGGGCCUCAACAAUGCCGUGGCGUUAGACUUCAACUACAGAGAGCAACAUGUUUUUUGGACAGACGUCACGACCCAGGGAAGCAUGAUCCGUAGAAUGAACCUGAACGGCAGCAAUGUGGAGGUUCUGCACAGGACAGGACUCAGUAACCCGGACGGACUUGCCGUAGACUGGGUCGGUGGGAACUUGUACUGGUGCGACAAGGGGCGCGACACCAUCGAGCUGUCCAAACUCAACGGGGCCUAUCGUACCGUGCUGGUCAACAGUGGCCUGAGGGAGCCCAGAGCUCUGGCUGUAGACGUACGCAACGGCUACCUGUACUGGUCGGACUGGGGAGACAUCCCCCACAUUGGUCGUGUGGGGAUGGACGGGACCAACCGCAGCAUGGUCGUCCACACACGCAUCACGUGGCCCAACGGCCUCACGCUCGACUACGUCAACGACCGCAUCUACUGGGCUGAUGCACGAGAGGACUACAUCCAGUUCGCUGACCUCGACGGGGCCAACAGGCACAUCGGUGAGAGCCUGGGGGAGAGGGGGAGUGAGAGAGAGAGAGAGAGAGAGAGGGGAGAGAGAGAUGGGGGAUAGAGAGAGAUAGGUGUA